AUGGAAGCGAAGGCCCUCUUUCAUGUUCUCAAUUGGGCUGUCCAAUUACAAAUGCCAAUCACUCGUGUUGAAACCGAUGCUUUGAGAGUCUCAUCUACUUUGAUUGUUGAUGCAUUUACGAAAGCAUGGGAGAAAUCGUGUUCUACACGAGGAACCGUAGUUCUUAUAGUUCCUCGAAAUAGAAUAUAUCACGUUAAUCCAAUUAAGUUUGGGGGUCCUUGCGAAUUCGAUCAUCUCGUAUUUGAUAUUCAUGGAGCCAUAGUAGCCUCUAAUGACGGAUUAGACUAUGGUAACUAUGGUAAUCGAUGGCUUAACUUUGAGAAUGUUCAUAAUUUAAUUGUCCAAGGUGGUGGAAUCGUAGAUGGUUACGCUAACGAGUGGUGGAGAUGCAAACUGCAGCAUUGUUCACAAGCACCAACAGGUUUAAGUUUUCACAAUUGUGAGAAUUUGACAGUGAGAGAUAUUUCAGUACGAAACGUUCAAAAAAAUCAUAUUUCUUUUACUCACUGUAAAAACGUAAAAGCUUCUUAUCUAUCUGUAACUUCAUUACAAAAAAGUAAUACUACUAAUGGAAUUUACAUCUCGCAUACUGAAGAUAUUGAAAUCUUUAAUUCUGCUAUUAGAACAGUUGGUGGGUAUUGUAUAUCGAUUGAAAGUGGAACCAAAACACUGAGAGUAACAGAUAUAAUCUGUGGCCCAAGCUAUGGAAUCAGCAUUGGAAACUUGGGUUCUGGAAAUUCUAAAGCCAAUGUCACAGAUGUGAUUAUAAACAGAGCCAAGCUUUUUGGAACUAAAUAUGGUCUCAAAAUUAAGACUAUUAAGGGUGGUUCAGGUAGUGCAAGUAAUAUAAAAUUUCAGAACAUUGAAAUGAAUUAUGUUCAAAAUCCCAUUGUAAUCGAACAAAGCUAUUGUGACCAAAAUGAUAAGCUUUGUAAACUGGAACAAGUGUAG